UAGAAUCACGAGACAAGCCACAGCAUAAAGCCAGUCUUUUCGGUCUCUCCUUCUUCCCGUAGACAUUUCUCUUUUGGUUGCUUUAUUCGAAGCGUUAAACUAGAAGAUGGCGAGAAGUUUAGCUAUUUGUGUGGUAACUUUAUUGACUAUUGGAAGUAUGACUUUAAUUGUUAAAGCCAAGAACUCAAGUUCUUCAAUCUCCAAUACUCCUUCAUCCCCAACUGCCACGUCCUCCUCAGUUUCCUCUUCCUCCUCAGUUUCCUCUUCCUCCUCCAUUUCCUCUUCCUCCUCCGUUUCUUCUUCCUCCUCAAUUGCCUCUUCCUCCUCAGUUGCCCCUUCCUCCUCAGUUACACCUUCAAUUGCUCCCUCAUCUUCAAUUUCCACUUCAUCCUUAGCUGCUCCUUCAUCUUCCAAGUCAAUCUACUCUUCAACGAUGGUAUCACCAAGCUUAAGUACUUCACAUGUUUCUAAAUCAGUAUUAACAUCAACAAUAUUGACUUCAAGUCAAAGUUCGUCAGUCAGCCCUUCUACUGUUGCAACAACAUCUUAUGUUCCAUCAUCAUCACCAUCACCGCCAUCACCAUCACCACCUGCCCAUACUGAACAGAAAGUUCACUUCAACGAUAUGAAGAACCCAAAUGUUUCAUGUCUUAAGGCCCAAUUUUCUGUCAGCUUUAAUGUGGCUUAUACUUCAAACCAGACUAAAAAUACGUCCAAUAUACCUUUGAAUGCGCAUCACAAAGCGCAUGGAAAUUGUAGUUCUGAGGAUGGCUAUGCUAUUUUUGUCAUUUCCUGGAACCAAACUGGUGGUGACACUGGACCAACACAUCAAUUUGUAAUGGAGUUCAAGCUUGAUUCAAAAAAACAUCAAUGGUUUGUUCCAUCAAUAAGGGCAAUAUUUAACACCAGAGACUCGCGUUUCAUUGAUGCCAAUAAAAAAGCUAUCUUUGCAAAUGCAAGUGGUAGUGGCAGCAUAGGUUUUGUUCAGAGUCAAACAUAUUACGUUUGUGAAUCGCAUUUGGGGCUUCAAAUGAAUGGUGGUGUAAAUGCUAUGUUUAAACAUUUGAAACUUCAGCCAUUUUCCACUGACACUAAUUUUACAUCCGCAGGUAAAAAAUGCGCUGCUGACAACAAAUCACACGGUGAUGACAACAGCAAUACAGUACCUAUAGCUGUCGGCGCAGCACUUGGGGGACUGGUACUUAUUGUUCUCAUUGCUUAUAUCAUUGGUCGACGUCGUUCCAAAAGUGGAUAUGAACAAGUUUAAUCAUCAAUUCUUAUAAACUAUCAAUAGCUGCUGUAGUAAACAUUUUCUAAAACUUGAUGUUCGCGCUACCUUAAGAUUCGCUGUGGUGUCUUAAGGAAAAAUUUUUCUUUUCAAGCCAUGGUUUGAUCACGUGAAUGGAAAUAUUUCACUUGACUUUGCUUUGUGCAUUGUCAUUAUCAUUGUUUUUUUGGCAUAUGCCAUAUUUUUAUAGUUUUUGUAGUUAAGGCAGUCAAUUAAAUUCCUAGCGAUUUUGAUCAAUUAUCAGGCAAAUAAAAUUUGAAAUUAGAAA